CUUUUUUCCCUCCUUCCUUCCACUUACAUCAACACAUCGCAAGACCAUACAACACAACACAACAACCGCAAAACAACAGCCACAAGAUGCAUCUCACACCAGAGAUCCAACAAGCGAUCGGCUGCCCUUAUCACAGAAGGGCUACACCAGUCUUCUUCCGACGAAUCACAUUAUCUUUCAAUGAUAUCGACCUUCAAGAGCGUAAUGCCCUUAGGGACAGGAUGUGGCCAAACAUUCACAUUAUACGAUGCAUACCUGCUUCACUAUGCGGUUGCUCACGGGUAUCCUCAAUUCGAACAGGAAAACGAAACAUCACGCUUUCCUUGCGACGUCUGUAAGAAGAUUUUCAAGACCGAGCAGGGACACGCAGAUCACAAAAAGCAAAUGCACCCAAUCUCAUCAACUUUUGGAGAGUUGUCGCGUUGUGGCAUCUGUAAGAUGCUUUUCCGAUCCCAACUUGCAUGCGAACAACACCAUAUGAUCAAGCACGCAUUGCCUUGUACCAUUUGCGAGAGGUCGUUCACGACUGAAAAGGGAGUCGCACAUCACAGAAAGGCCAUGCACCCGGAAUCAUCAAUUCAUCAAGAGGCCGCCAAGCAGGAUAACUCGUUAAAACGCACAGGGACCGGUGGGCAUUGUGCCAUCUGCAGGAUAAUCUUCAUGUCCCAAGAUGCAUUCGAACAACACCAAGGGGCCAAUCACGUACCUCCUUGUCUCAUUUGCCUAAGGUCGUUCAAAACCGAAAAGGGAGCCGCAGAUCACAAAAUGGCCAAGCACCCAGAACUACCAAUUUAUAAAGAGGUUACUAAGACGGAUAACUCGCCAACAUACAAAGAGACCACUUGGUAUUGUGCCGUCUGCAGGAUGAACUUCCGCUCGCAAGAUGGAUUUGAACGACACCAGAGGACGAAGCACACAUUUCCUUGUACUAUUUGCAAGAGGUCAUUCACAACCGAAAAGGGAGCCGCAGAUCACAAAAUGGCCAAGCACCCAGAACCAUCAGCCACUUGGUAUUGCAGCGUCUGCGAGAGGACCUUUGAGUCUCUGGAAGAAAUGGAAGACCACAACUGGGAGUUGCACCAUGGAUGUGUGCGUUACCAUCUACGUCGCGCCACGGCUACCUUUACUUGCAUCACCUGCAACGGAACCUUUGACGCCCAAACUGAACUCGACAGUCACAUCGAGGGUGCACACACGAAACCACCAGUCCCAUGCUCUAUCCCUCCCGGAGGUGCCUGGUACUGUAGCGCCUGCGACGAGAUGUUUACGACCCAAGUUGAAGUCGAAAAUCACAACACGGAAGUGCAUGCGGGAUACAGGAUCUUCUGUUUAAAUCGCGUCUGGCAUGCCUCGGCCUGUGUCGUCUGUAACAGAAGAUUCAAUAACUUUCACCAACUCGCGACCCAUCUCGCCAAUAGCUUUCACGGUCUCCCACGACUAUCUAAGCUUGAGAAAGCUCGCUGGCCGCGCAACGCUCAUUUGCAAUGCUGCGGCAAGACUUUCAGUUCUGAUGAGGACGUCAGAAAACAUACCUUUGUUGCACAUAUCCGACCAUGGGCACCAAAGUUCAGAGUCCCUGCUAAAGCCGUUUUUGCUUGCGUCCCCUGCAGCAUCACCUUUGUGCAUGAAAGUCAACUCGACACUCAUAAUCUGGAUGUGCAUAAUCGAACAACAGACGCUCGUGGACCUCUUUGUCUCUGUUGUCACAAAACCUUCGACGUGGAUGAGAUCGACGCUCAUUACAAGGCUGAACAUUACCCAAUGUGCUACAUCUGCAACAUCGUAUUCCCUUUCGAACACGAAAGUGACACACAUGACAGGGAUGUGCAUGGGAUUGUGAACAAGACUGCCAACAAGAUCAAGCAAGAACCCAAUGGGCCUCAAAGCAUUACGCAGUGGGUUCAGAACAACACCUCCAACGUGGUCAGGCGGAAACCUGGGCGACCAAACAAUACCGUCAUCAUUAAUUCCUCAGGUGAUGAUGAAUCCCAUGAUGCCUCUGGUGACAGCGAGUCCGUUGCUUCCUCUGGUUACGAAGGAUCCGAUAAUCCUCAGGGUGACAGUGAAUCCGAAGGUUCUUGUGAUUCCUCGGAUAUGGAGACGGAUGAUGACUCUGAGCAUUGUGCAGAGUACAACGGUAAACCAACAGGAAAAUGGGGAGAUCCAAACUCAGGCCUCCCUUGUUGUAAGGCCUGUGACAAGACUUUCUGGGGCAAGUAUGGACUCACUAAGCAUAAACGUGCUAUCCACGGCCCCCUCAUACCCCCUUCUCAGAUCCCUCCUUUCUCUUGCAUCGAAUGCCGCAGAGCCUAUGCAGACGAGGCCAGGCUCAUUGAUCACAACAGAAGGAUGCAUGGCCCUUCUGCAUCUCGACGACGCAACGCAUACUCCUUCCACGAAUCCGGCAUGCGUGAUAUAUACGGUGAUCAAUAUGUCGAAGAGUCGGAAGAAACCUCAAGUGACGAGGAUUCCUUCGAUGAGUUCUAUCUCACAGACGAUUCGAAUACGGAUGUAACGCCGUGGCCCCGUUACGGGGAAAUAGGAUACCUUCGUUGCCCUGGCAGAGAUCUAGCCUGUCGCGAAAAGUUCCGCUGGGGCUCUGACUUGCUAGAGCACAUCGAAUCCGAGGAGUGUGUAGUCCUCGAACGCAGCCUCAAACUGCCGGACUUAUUCGGUGUUACAUUGGGACUGCCGCAUGCUCGACUUUAUACCUCCACGGGCUGGCUUCAGGGUUUCUACAUGUGUCCGGAAUGUCCGAAAGGUGCUGGGAAUAGGUUUGAAGAAUUGAGUGACCUGUUUAGGCACGCUGAGAGUGAGUCUUGUGGGUUGAGCGUCGGCGACAAAUAUCUUGUACAAGUGGAAGAUGGCAUCAACAAAUAUGCUGAGAAGAAUUGCAAGAGGGUUGUUCAAAUUGAUACAACCCGUCUCUUGAUUCAUUUGCACGAAGACUAUGUCUCCAAGAAGUCAGGUGUACCCAUCAAGCUGGAGAAGAGCGAUCCGGAAUCAUCCAGUGAUGCUGUCCAGUCACAUGAUGAAGCAUCGGCCUCAUUUGACCACAAUGAUUACUGGGACGAGUGUUUCAAGAAUCUGGACACCUUUUUUGGGACAGAUAUAUUCCGCGAAGGCAACUUGUACCACCACAUCGACUCAGAACAUCAAGCACGAACCAUGUUCGAAGCUCUGGCCAAGAAGAAACAUGACUUGCCAGUCAGACUUAGAGCUCUCGCCGAGUCCAUGUCUUUCUGUGCUGUCUGCAACAUGAGCUUCGAAUCCCAAGAGGCAACCAAAGACCACAAUGCGGCUUCUCAUCAAGAUCAACUAGGCACCCCCGAAUCUGUUCUACAACAGGAGCCCGCAUCAACCAAUGUUGAAAUCCCUGUCAAGGAGGAACAAGAGUCAACCGCCUCCGAGGCUUCCUGGUAUUGUACCUAUUGUGAUAUCACCUUCAGUAGCCAGGAGGAAAUCGACAAGCACAACGUCGAUCAUAGCAAUUGUGUGCGCUUCGUUUUAAGACGUGCAAAUGAAACCCAUACUUGUAUCGCCUGCAAUAGAACCUUCAAUACCCAAGAUGAAGCCCAUGGCCAUUUGAGUUCUACCCAUAUGGAAAUUAUACGCCAUUGGGGACACUUCCGCCCUGAGUCUGGCUGGUACUGUGCCGUCUGUCGUCAGAUCUACGAGAGUCAACAGAAACUUGAAUUUCACUUCAGGGAGAUCCACCCGAAGAUACUACCCGAUUUUAAAGCUCCCCCCGAAGGCUCAUGGUAUUGCAGUGUUUGCGAAGAAAUCUUCGAGAACGACUUGGGAAUUGACGACCAUAACAUGAGAAAGCAUGGGGGGCAAAGACCAUUCCUCACAGGUCGUGCCAGGCGCCACUUCACUUGUAUUACUUGUAGCAGAAGGUUCAACGCCCAACAUGAACUCGACGAUCAUACCAGCGACGGACAGCAUAUGCAACUACCACCAGAAGUCGAUACUAGUUCUCUUAACACAGGAGACGCUCUUAAAAUCAUCAAUCAGGAAACCACUCCAUGCAUCAUGCCUGAAAGCGUUGACAAGCCGGAACCUUAUCCAGCUGUGGUGGCCGAAAACACCCCCGAGACCGCCUUUUUUUGUCUGGGUUGCAACCUAAGCUUCAAGACAGAACCUGCAUUCAAACAUCACAACACGGCGAUGCACAACGGAACAGUUCAACUCUUCUGCAAUUACCCCUAUCCCUGUGUCGCAUGCAACAGGGCCUUCAAAUCCCAAGCUGAUAUCGACAAACAUAACAUGUGGAAGCAUGGACCACCACCCGCUUCGCCUACAUCUCCUGUCAUUCUCCAAGUUUCUGUUGUGGACGCCUAUUCGUGUCCGUUCUGUACCAACAUGAUCUCCAAGCGCGAAGAGCCGGUCGACCGCCACAUAGCGAAAAAGCAUGACGCAUCAAAAAUUGCAAAUGUUGCGUCCGCCUUUGCUUGCACCGUCUGCGGUGAUAUCUUCUCGACCAAAGUGAAUGUCGCAAGACACGGUGUAUCGAAGCAUGGUGUAUCGUCAUUCAUACUUAAAACGCUUGAAACUGCCACGCUUGAAGAUCGUCACAGUGACAGUUUGACUUGUCAUACCUGCGACAAGGUGUUCGCCUCUCGAAGUGGGCUCCAGGAUCAUAAUAGGAAUUCACACAACCCUAUGACCUGCCGUUGCAAUGAGACGUUCCCUGGCCUAAGUUCUUUCAGAACUCAUGAGAAGUCCUGCCGCUGGUGGCCGACACCCACUCCCGAGACAAUGCCUCCCCAGCAAUAUUCUUUCACAUCGGUUUACCAAGGGCCAGGCCUUUUGCCAUAUGAUUAUUCACUUGACAGGUCGGAAUAUGACUUGACAGAGGAUUCGGAGCUUGACUCGGAGGACGACUCAGAGUGUGAGUCGGAGGGUGAGUCGGAGGGUGUCUCUGAGUGCGACUCAGACGUCGACACAGAGGACAACUCAGAGGAAGACGUGGACGAUGACGAUUCAGAGUCUGAUGAAGACUAUAGAAACGCAAUAUGGCUUGAAUACGGUGAGAUAGGCAGAGUCCCAUGCCUUUUGGGAGAAUACGGCUGCAACGACGUCUUCCGCUCAGGUUCGCUUUUAGUAUACCAUUAUGAGCAUGAAAAUUGCUGUGUCGAUGGACUGAAUAUUACUUCCGAAAUCCUCGACGAGACGGAAGAAAAGUUCGCGAAUCUCUUGCACAACAAGUACGACAUCUACAAGUGCCCAUACUGCAAGAACACAGGCGGAGGCAGGUUCAGAUACCUACACGACCUUGUUAAACAUGCUGAGACCAACGCUUGCCGCUUGAGGGUUGCAUCUCCUAGAGAGAUCAAGCAAGAACCUGAACAACCAAGUGAAACCGUCGUUUAUACCCAGGCGCCCGUGCUCCAGUACACAACCGGUUAUGAUAUCAAACCUGAACCACAGACUGAACCCAUGACCCCGCCUGCCGAGUACGGGCACCCCGUUGACGUCAAUGGUCGACUCAUAACACCGCCGCCGUGGGCUUUUAAUAAUGAUCAUUGUAAGAAUGAACCCGGCUAUUCUGAUGAUUCUUCCGACUUGGGAUCAGACCAGAACUCGGACUCAGACGAGGAUCAGAACUCGGAGGAGGAGGAGGAGGAAGACGACGAAGACGACGACGAAAAAAACAUAUGGCCUGAGUAUGGUGAAAGAAGGGGUGGCAUGACAUGCCCUGCCGAGUAUCUCGGCUGCCUCCAAAUCUUCCACAAGGCCUCAGGAAUGCUUCACCAUGUUGAAACCGCCCACCAGCACGACUUCCUAUGGAAGUCCCCAGACGAGAUGUUCAACAGCACCGGCCAAUGCGAACAAGGCCGCAGGCUUUACAGCCACGAGACAAAGCACUAUUACUGCCCAAAUUGCUCAGACACGGACCAAGGCAUGUUCGAGUCACUAAGUCUUCUGCUCAAGCACGCUGAGAGCAAUAUAUGUGACUUGAAGGUCCGCAGCGGCCCUGUCGGUGAAUUGUACGAUGCGGUUGAUGUGUAUGCUGAUAACAAAUACCAAGCGUGGGAUGGUGUACAAAGUGUUGGCUAUGCGUUAACUAAGCGCGGAACUCGUUAG